GUAUCUCUAGAGGGACAACCCUAAGUCGACCAAAAGAAGAGGAGAAGAAUAAAUAAAAAAAAAGCAUCAGCGGCUCGACGAUGGUUGCUUUCUUGUCUGGGUAUCCAAGGAAGGAGGUUGAUCGCCUUAGGAGGAGCUAUAUGAAAGAAGUGAAUAAAUCCGAGGGGUUCGAUGUCAGUGGUCUUCCAGUACCAGACUCUGCUCCUGGACUAACUGAACACAUCUGUAAUGAUACUUGUUCCCCCUUAAUCCUCCUUUAUGCUAAGUUAGGCCUUCAUCGUUACAAUUUGGUCCAGGGGAAAAACUUACAGCCCAGUAGCGUUAAGAAAUACAACAAGUCCAUGGGUUCUGUUAAUUCCUCUUACUACAUAACUUUGGUAGCUAUUGAUCCAGCUACCCAGUUGCUUCAAACUUUUCAGACUAGAGUUAAUGAACUACGCUAUGGCGAAUUGGUUUUGGAAUGCUGUACUGCUAGACCUCUUGGCGAAACCCACAUAUGUGGAAUCAAGAAAAGCAGUGAUCACAAACCUGUGGAAGACUUGCUCCAUACCUUUCCUGAGUGGCCGCCCAAGAAUCCUUUUAAGAAAUCAAAGAGAUGUUACGUUCUGAAGAAGUCAGAGUUGCGAGAGAAUGAUGAUUGGAUUCGUCUCUACUUGGAACUUGCAGUUGCCACGACUAAUAGGAACACCCUUGAGAACCAUCUUGUGUCCAACUUGAAGAUUGUCAAAGUAGCUAUAGAUACUACUAGUACCCAAGAGGGACUCGACUUAUUUGCAAUUGUCUACAUAAGAUACAAGGACUCGUGCGAGGCUCGAGUUGGUAAGGAUGUUGAUCGCGUAGCUGUAGUCAGAAGAUUCUUCAAUGAGGGCAUGGGAUCCUUCAGUCUAGUGGGCCAAAACCUGGGUAUUAUACAAAAAAAGAGUAACAAACAACUUUUGCGUUUCAAACCGUGGCUGUUGUAUACUCCUAGGUGGCGGCUCAAGGCAUACAGACACAGUGGCCUUACCUUGUCUCGUCGUGUGCCCAAGACGAGAUCCAUGGAGUUUUUCUUGAGCCAAUUCACGUUCAGAGAUGAUUUUACCAAAAAAGGAAAAGAAUCAGAGUGCGAAACUGUCCUCUAAGUACAGUGGCCCCUGUCUUCAGAUAACAAUAAUAAUAAUAAUAAACCACAAAUAAAGUUGGUGUAUUAAGUGGGAUUGACUUCUUUUUUUUCUUUAUGUGUGGCUUCUGCUGGAAUAAUUUGACAACACAAGCAAGAAUGGGAGACAUUCCUGUGGUUGUCAGACGGUUUAAUUUUCCUUUUUCAUUUCUAUUUGCAAAUUGUAUCGACUAGUAUAUGCGUUCCUUGUUAAUUAUUUGUUUUGGGAUACAUA